GUUCUUGGAGCCUGUUUGGAUUCUGGACCAAGGGGUGAGAUUCUGGAUUCAGAAGGAAGACCAAAAACGACCAAAGCAAAGAUGUGGAUUCUGACGCUUCUUCUUUUGGCUUUUACAUCAGCCACGGCAGAUAGACAAAGGAGCCAUUUCACACGUUACAGAUCAUGGAAUUCUCGGUUGUAUCCGGUCUGGCAAGAUGGAGACCCAAGGUUCAGGAACUGUUGGUCUGGUGGUGAAGUGACCUUUGACCUUCAGAAUGAUGCGCCCACCCUCAUAGGAGCAAAGGCAACUUUCACCAUCAACCUUAAUUUCCCAGUAAACCAGACGGUGCUGCCUGAUGGGCAGGUGGUGUGGGCACGCAACUGCACCGUCAACGGGCGUGAGUACCUGGAGGGUCAGGCUGUGUAUCCAGAGAGAGAUAACGAAUGGAGCGGAGUUUUCCCUGACGGCACGCCUUUCAACAGGAGUCAGAACAGGAAACCCCGCUAUGUGUUUGUGUGGAAGACAUGGGGGCGUUACUGGCAGGUGGCAGAUGGACCAUCCUCCUCCCUCACCAUUGACACGGACAACGUUCAGCUGGGUUCUUACAAAAUGGAGCUGGUCAUCUAUCACUGCCGUGGAAGAGACAAGUUCAUCCCCCUCGGCUACGCAUCUUCUGUCUUCACCAUCACAGACCAGGUUCCAUUCAGCCUAUCCCUUUCUCAAGUCAAUGAUGUCAAUCAAAAUGACCAGAACUUCAUCCAGAACCAACCCAUCGCCUUCUCAGUUGCACUCCACGAUCCCAGCCAGUACCUGAACAGUGCUGACAUCAGCUUCAGCUGGGACUUUGGGGACAAAAGCGGGACGCUCAUCUCCAGAGAGCGCACCGUAACACACACAUACCUCUCAGCAGGAGACUUCAAACCUCAGGUGAUCCUGAUGGCGCACAUUCCCAGCUCAUGUGGAAACCCCACUGCUGUUGCUCCAUCCGAAUCCUCUGUUGCUCCAGCUGUAGUUGUUCCUUCCACCCUGACCCCAGCUGAAGGACAAGAUGCUGCAGCCCUGGAUGUUCUUGCCUCAAACGCCUCCCCUACCGAUGCCUCUGAAAAUGUAGAACCAGCCGCUGAUACCGACACCGUGGAGACUGCCUCGGUGGCUCCAGCAGCAGUGGAUGCGGCUGUUGCUCCAGCAGAGCAAGAUCCUGCAGACACAGCUGCAGAAGGAGAUGUGGCUGCAGUGGAUACAGAGGCUGCAGCAGGAGAGGCAGCCACUGCUCUCCCUGAGGCUGAGGAGCCGGUAGAAGUGGAAACAGUUGCAGAGGACGGCACUGAGGCAGAUGUGGAGACUGUCCCAGUGAUUGACGCUGCUGCUUCAGCAGCCCCUGUCACAGCGGAGGAAGAACCUGCAGAUGAGGUUGUUGUUGCCUCCACGGUUACACCUGUGGUGGAUACAUCUGUACAGGCGGAGGCCAACGAGGCCUCUGUAGUAACUAUUGUUGCUCAAGACAUAACUGAAGCCCCUGCUGCUGUAGAGAAUGUUGCUGCUGCACCUGCCACUGAGGUCACAGCAGCAGAAGAAACUGCUGCUGACCCUGAAGCCGAGGUGCUAGAUACUGAAAACGCAGUUGCCGCAACUGCAGCUGCUGCAGCAAAUGAAGCAGAAGCUGUUCCAGAUGAGGCUGAAGUUCUGGCUGAAGUAGAUGCAGAUCCAGCCCAGGUUGCACUUGUGGUGGUCAAGAGACAAGCCCCGGAAAUGACAGCUGAUUGCACAAUCGACCGCUUUGGUUCCCUCUCUACAACAGUAAAUGUCGUUGAGGGAAUUGAGAGUGUAGAGAUUGUUCAGAUGUCCAAUGUUGUGUCAAUGGCGACUCAGUUGGAUCAGAAUGCAGUGGAUGUCACCAUUUCCUGUCAGGGAAGCCUCCCAAGUGAAGUGUGCACGAUUAUCUCUGAUGGUGACUGUAUAACACCGGUUCAGACCGUGUGCAGUUCAGCCAUGCCCUCUCCAGACUGUCAGAUGAUCCUUCGCCAGUUCUUCAAUGACACGGGCGUGUUCUGCCUCAAUGUUUCCCUCACUAAUAAUGUCAGCCUGGCUAUGGCCAGUGCUAGGAUCAAUGUAGCAGUAGCGUCUGGUGGUUCCCCUGCUGGAACUGCUGCCACGGUGCUGGGAGGAAUGUUGCUGGCCUGUGUUGUCUGUUGCAUUGGUUUAAUGUACAGACGGUUCAAGCAGUACCAGCCUCUGAGGGAGGACAAUGGUAAUGGAGGCAGCUUUGUGACAUCUGUCCCACUGCUGCUGUGGAACCUGUUGAGUCGACAGUCACCAGGAGAGAGCCGUCCAUUGCUUCAGGGAAGGAUCGUCUAAAAAUGAGCAGCAGUUUAUGUACCCAGCAUGUACCUAUUCUGACAUGAACGCCUUAAAUGACGUAACACCAGUCAGAUGAUCUUCAUCUUUGAAAUAACAUAAACAAUUAUAGGGAAACAUCCUCAUGAAUAAAAACGAAGGGUCUUUUCUUUAAUAUCGAAAGUUAUUUAUUUUGUUCUGGAACAUCUUUAUUAAAGGCACUUGUAGUUAAUAGCAGUGUAAUCUGUGACCUUCUUUUUUCAACCUGCUAACUAAUUAAUUCUUAUGCAUUUUACCUCAUUUGAGUGUAAAUAAAACACAAGAUUUAUUACAGAAACAAUUUUCUGUAAAGCUCUAAAACUAAUAAAAAUUCCCCUUUC